ACCACGCGCCAAUGGCAGCCCUCAAAUCCCUCAGUUCCCUUCUCUGCAAAUACCACCGUUUGAAUCGCGCUCCCUCUCUCUCCCCUUUCCUCAUUAUCUCUCUCCCUCUCUCAAUACAGUAGCUUUGAUUUUCAAAUCCACCUUUCCCAAUCCUAUCCCGCUUUCUUCAUCAUCACCAUCGCAAUAAUUCCACUCAGAUUCCACUCCCCUUUUCUCUUUUCACUCUGAAAAUGACAACUCCUGCGCUGAAGAACAACUUCCUCCCUCCCGGCCUCGUCUCCAAUCUCCAGCAAGCUCUCGCAAAUCGCAAGCCGGACGAAGACGACGCCGUUUCGUCCAAGGCCGACGACGAUUCGGCCCCCGCCUUCUCCUCCGAGGGCGACGAUGACUCCUCGAAGCCCGUGAUUUUCGUCACCAACAGCGACGGAAUCGAAUCUCCCGGGCUCUCUUUUCUCCUCGAUGCUCUCGUCUCCGAAGGCGCUUACAAUGUCAAUGUCAUUGCCCCUCAAUCGGAUAAAACGACGUCGGCGCAUUCGGUGUCGCUUAAGGAGACUAUUGAGGUGAACUCAGUUAAGGUUAAGGGAGCCACUGCUUAUGAAAUUUCUGGAACUCCGGUGGAUUGUGUGUCGCUAGCAUUGUCCGGUGCACUGUUUUCAUGGACUAAGCCUCUUUUGGUGAUAAGUGGUAUCAACAAGGGUUCGAGCUGUGGACACCACAUGUUUUAUUCGAGCGUCGUUGCUGGAGCUAGGGAAGCACUGGUUUGUGGUGUGCCGUCCAUUUCUAUAUCGCUUAACUGGCAGGAUGAAAGUCAGGAAAGUGACUUCAAGGAUGCUGUCGCUGUGUGCUUACCAAUAAUAAAGGCAGCCAUGAGAGAUAUCGAGAAGGGGUUUUUUCCUAAAGGCUUCUCGUUGGACUUGGAACUUCCGAGAGCACCCUCUGCAAACAAGGGAAUCAAAGUCACCAAGAGAAGCCAGUGGAGGUCCAACCUUAACUGGCAAGCCGUUUCAAACACCAGGGCACAGGCUACUGCACGUUUCGCUGGUGGUCAGCCACCCAUGGGAUUGAAUAUUGCCCAACUCAGCCGUGAUGCAUCUGCUGCUGGUGCUGCUCGGCGUCUGACCACUCAGAAAAAGGAUAUCGAGGUCGUUGAAUCAGUUGGUGCAUCAGAGAAAUCUGAAUUCAAAAGGACAGUCAAGUAUUUCCGCGCAGAGAUGCUCCACAAGGACAACAAGGAAGACGGUGAGGAUCUGGAUUUCAGGGCGGUUGAGAAUGGCUUUGUUUCACUCACUCCAUUCUAUGCCUCCGUGGAUUCAGAGACCGAUGCUGCAGCUUUGAACUGGAUAAGCUCUGCAGUACUAGCGGGACAAUAGGAAGACGAGCUGUCGGAACUUAUCUGUACAUUUUGAAGCCUCAAGCUUGAUCAUCUGUCACAUGUAUUUUUCUAAUACCAUGUGGCAGUAUUAAUUUAUUUUUUCCCCUCAUUUCUUCUGCAGAAACUUAGUUUCUUUCCCAUUAUUUUUAACAGUUACUCAAAAAUGGAUCAUAGGUUGGUUUUUUUGGUUUCUUGAUUUUGUUUUUUUUUUUUUGGGUUUUAUCCUCAAAUUCUGGUUUUUUUUGAGGUUGGUGUACGUAUUGGUUUGUUGUAUAAACUCUGCUUUACCAGAAAGAAUAGGGUUUUUAGUUACUGAAUUUUUCUUACA